CUCGUGAAACAAUGCCAGGCCAUGCUGGAGGCCGGCAGAGUCUACUGCCAGACCAGCAAGAGCUUUGUCAGCGGCCUCCGGGAGCUGGGACAUCAGUGCUCCGGGGACAAGAUGAUGGAGGAGUGUUUGGACAUGUUUUCCAAAAAGCUGUCCGUUAUCUUGGAGGCGCAGGGGGAAGUGAUCGAGACCACACAGAAGUCUGUCAAGACCAAGCUGCAGAACUUUGUCAAAGAAGAUGUCCGUAAGUUCAAAGAUGUGCGUAAGGAGUUCGAGCGCAGCAGCGAAACCCUGGAGGGGGCGCUGUCGAGAAACGCUCAGGCCCCACGGGGGAAGCAAAACGAUGUGGAGGAGGUGAGCAACGCUCUGCUCAACGCACGCAGGACCUUUCGGUCUGAGGCCCUGGACUACGUCCUGGAGAUUAAUGUCAUAGAGGCCAAGAAGAAGACCGACAUUCUCAUGGCAAUGUUGUCACUGAUGGAGGCUCAGGCCCAGUUCUUCCAACAAGGCCACCAGUCUCUGUCAGAACUGGAUGAGUAUCGACAGAAGCUGAACGAAGAG